AUGCAUAGCCCCGAACAAAUCGACAAGGCCAAUCUGGGCCAGCCCCAUGUAAAGCUGGACGUCCCAGCCAGUGACUUGGAAGUGUACCAUAAAGUCCCCCAAGGACAUCGAAUCCUUGGACUUUUCACCCUUCCGGCUUACCGCGCCCCAAUCACGCAAUGUAUUAUCAUCGCCUUCGUGCAUCUGUUAGUAGUAGGGGCGUUUAAUGUCUUGAGUGCCCUCGGUGGCGGAGGUCAAGUUGAUCCCACAACCAGCAAUAAUGCCAACACAAUCUUGUAUAGUCUGUUUUGUGCAUUUGCUUUAAUCUCAGGCUCGAUAUGCAAUUUCCUGGGGCCCAAGGUGACUCUCGCAACGGGGGGCAUUGGGUAUUCCCUUCUGUCAGCAUCAUACUGGAGCUAUAACAACAAUGGAAACGAGGCAUUUGUUUACUUCGGGGGUGCCAUGUGUGGAGUGACAGCGGCCUUCCUUUGGACUGCAGAAGGGUCGAUGAUCAUGUCACUGCCCUUGGAGAAAGACAAGGGCAAAUACGUGGGAAUCUUCUACGGGGUCUCAUUCUUCGGGACUGUAGUUGGUGCCAUAAUCCCUACGGUCGAGAACUGGGGGAUCACGACGGCCGGAAGCGUCAACGACAGCACUUAUAUUGCCCUGUUUGUGCUCAUGCUCAUGGGCAGUGUGGUGGCAUGCGUCGUGUCCGACCCAUCCAAGGUUAUUCGGAAUGAUGGAUCUCGCGUGGUGGUUCCUCGCCAGACAACGUUUGUUCAAGAACUGAAGAACGUUGUGCUUGCUGUGAGACAAGAGCCAUUCAUAAUGUUGUUUCUGCCCUACAGCUUUGCCGGGCUGUGGUAUAUUCCUUAUCAGAGCAACGACUUCAAUUCCUAUUUUUUUGAUCUUCGAACUCGCGCCUUUGGCAGUCUUUGGUUUGACUUUGGCCAAUUUGUCGCGGCUGUGGCUCUUGGACUUCUGCUGGAUUUUACAAAGCUAGGGGGUCGGCGUCGACGCGCCUUUAUAGGGUGGAUAGUCCUUUUUACUUUGAUCAACGCCGUCUUCAUUGGAGGUGUGUUUCCUGCUCGUGAAUCUCAGCGUGGACACCCUCCAGUACAUCUUCUUGACGUCCACGACUCAAGGGCGGCGGGAUAUAUUGUCCUUUACACCUUUUAUGGGGCCGUUGAUGGUGCUUGGCAGACAUUUGCCUGGUGGAUCAUGGGAACUCUUUCAAACGAUCCGCUAGUUUUAUCGAUAUACUCGGCAUUCUACAAGGUUUUUGGGGCGAUGGGAGCUGCCAUUGUGUUCAGUCUGGAUGUCCACAAGACGAGCUACCAGGCCAUGUUUGGAAGCUAUUGGGGUCUGCUCGCUGGGUCUAUGAUUAUUCUCCUGGUUCUCAUCUAUAAACGUGUUCAGGACACCCUUACCCGUCCGGCCAUUGGUUCAACAAAAGGAGAGGAGGCAGUUUGA